ACGUAUCUAACGCUGUGAAAUACAGUGCACAGACAGUCUGUCUUCAUUGGCCGAGGGGGACAAGAUUGCUCCGCCUUCAGAAGAAACGCACCCAACCAUUCUCAUUACCGAUGCAGCCAUCCACUGGACGGCGGCUCGCUCGCUUUGAAGGUCCCCUUGUGAUCUCAUACACUCGAGGUACGGUCCAGUUGAUGUGUAACUGCUGAACAGACGGCGACAGAGAAGGAGAGAGCCAAGCUAUACACUGGAGCGGUGAGAGUCCGAAAUUAUAUGUAAUCGCGGCCGUGUUUUGGAAAUAUCUACACCUUUUCUAAUUUUGGCUAUACUUAUUUUAUAACUCAAUUGUAUGCAUGUAUUUCGCUCACAUUUCGAUUGAUGUGGCUUUUGUGAAUUAUAACGCCUGGAAGAACAGUUCUGGAAUCGGUACCAUGAGUAAAGAAGAGCCGACCGUUAACUUCUGUUUGAUGAAAUUGGAUGAUUCCCCUGCUGGAACUAUUACGCACGAGAUACGCUGCCAGACCUCGGAGCCCUGUGACGAUCGUGAUAACUGCAGCUCGCCAACGGGCGCGUUAGUUUGUUCACCGACUCCUUUGGACCCUAUUCGCCAGGCAAAGCGCCUCCCUAUCCGGAUACUCAAGAUGUUGACGGCACACACCGGCCACUUGCUCCACCACCCGGACUACCUGCAGCCUUUACAAUCUGCACCAGUGAACAUUGAGCUGGAUGCCAAGAAGAGUCCCCUGGCCCUGUUGGCUCAGACCUGCUCCCAGAUCGGCAAGCCUGACCCUCCUCCCUCCUCCAAGCUAGGCUCCAUCUCCUCCAAUGGCCAUGGUGAUAAGGACCAUAAUGGACGCUCCUCUUCCUCCUCCUCCAGUCACAAACUUGGGGACCACCGGCCCAUAAAGGACGACAAGUCCAGCUUCAAGCCCUAUAACAAAGUAGGGGGAGACAGUCGGCGGGAUGGGGUUAGUAGCUCUAAUAACAGCUCUGAUAAAGCUGGGUUCAGGGUACCUAGCAAUGGGAAUGGAUGUGCUAACAGUAACUCAUCAGGCUCUUGUCCAUCCUUUCCACCACAUGCCAUAUCUCCCAACUCCAGGGUGGGUAGUGGCACGCCCCCUCAGCACACGCAGCAGCCAUCGUCCCAGACACACAGACAGAGCCAGUCGCCACAUGGACAACGGAAUUCCCGCUCUCAGACUCUGAAUGGAGAACACAAACAGGAACAGGCCAGUCCACACAGGAACAGUAACAGUAGCAGCGGCGGCCAUCUUAAAAAGGAGUCGGAUGUGAAUAAGGUUCAUUUGGACAGUCCCCAACUGGCUAACUCCAGCCACGCCAGAGCCAGCACGAACUCCAGCACAGGCAGCUCCGAGGGAAGCCCCAGCCAUGAGGGGCCCAAGGCGGACUCCCAACCACCACAGCCUGGUCUGGGCCCUGGACAUAUCGCUCCCAUCUCCCCUUACAAGACUGGCCACUCUGUCUUCCCCAUGUCAUCCUCUGGAAUGGGCUACCAUGGCUCUGUAGUGGGUUCCUACGCUGGAUAUCCCUCCCAGUUUGUCCCAGGUUUGGACCCUAACAAGUCUGGUCUGGGAGGUGGGGGCGUGGGGGUGAAGCACUCCACUGGAGCCUCUCCCCCCUCCUUCAUGCAGGGCUUUUGCAGGGACCCUUACUGCCUCAGCUACCCCAACGUGCCCCACCUGGGGAGCAGCAACCCCUGCAUCCACGACCCCUCCUCCACCCUCAAAACAGGCUACCCAGGCUUGGUCUACACCUCCCACCCCCUCCACUCCCUCCACCCCAGCACUAUGUCUUCCAGCAUCACCCCCACCCUGUCUCACCCCCUCUACACCUACGGUUUCAUGCUCUCCAAUGACCCCAUGCCUCAUGCCUGUAACUGGGUAUCAGCUGGGGGUCCUUGUGAUAAACGCUUCUCCACCUCAGACGAGCUGCUGGCCCACCUGCGCACGCACACCUCCUUACCCGGAGGGAUGGACAGUAAGCUCCUCUCUGGCUACCCCUCUGUCUCCUCCUCCUCUGUUGCCUCCUGCCAACUCCACCUCCCCCAUCAGAGCCAGGCCUCCCUGCAGAACUCCUUCUCCCUUAGGGCUCCUCAUACCCUGGGUCUGGCCCGGUACCACCCCUAUGGUAAGGUCCACCUGCCCCCUGGACCUACCUCCAUCCCCCUGCACUCCCUCCAGGCUGGUUCUCCUUACUACCCCCACUACGCCCUUUAUAGCCAGAGACUGGGCUCAGCGUCUGCCUUGGGCUACCAGUGAUCGCUCAUCUCCAUCCAUCCACACAGUCUAUUACAGUGUUUCUCCUAGCAUUACUAAGCCAAGGCGUCCCCCCCCCCCCACUCCUCCCGCCUAGCUCUGCUGCCCCCUGCCUAAAACUGCUGGGAACUCUGUGGAUCCGAUUAGUUUUAAUAGGAUGGUUAUGGUAGCCCUGGAUGAAAGUGUUUCAGGGGCCUCUGUGGGCAGGAUGUUCCAGCUAUAAUGGGGGAAUCACUGCAAUUCCAUACCAAACCAGGAUCCUAUGGAGGAGUCCGAGAAGGUGCUGGAUGCUUGCAUGUAUGUACACUGCUAGGAUACUGCUCUCAUGAACAAGAGCAGUGGACUGGACGAGUGGACAUGGUACCAUGCUAGGUUGUAACAGCACCACAAACUGAGCUGGUUGAUAGCUGAUGGUAGGAUGCUGUGUAACACCUCAUGGAUCUCCUGACGUCAAGCUGGGAAUAGUGAUUGCAGUGGCGAGGGGACAGUGUUGGCAGCCUUCAGCACUGUGGGGAGGCUGGAGGAAGACUGGGGGGAAA